UCCACAGUUUGAGCUUUAAUCAAGUCAACAAAUACAUCUUCGGUGUGAAGAUCCACUCCAGAUCACUUUCUACUGCGGAACAAGAACUAAGGAAUCACCCACGUUUGCGUUUGACUCGCACAACCUGCAAAAAUGAUUUUCGACAAGUUGAAAAAGUUUGACAUCGUCUUCGACUCUCCGGAGGUGGACUGUCCUCCGGUGUUCAGCAGUGGGGACGUGGUGUCCGGCCGUGUGGUGUUGGACCUGUCCGGGAGUCGGGUGGACUCCCUAAAGCUCCACGCCGAGGGAUUUGCCAAAGUGCACUGGACCGAGUCCCGGUCCGCCGGCUCCAGCACCGCCUACACCCAGAACUACAGCGACGAGGUGGAGUACCUGAACCGGAGAGAGGUGCUGCUGCAGGCAGAUAAUGGUGAAGUGACCGUCCUCCCCGCCGGCAGACAUGAAUUUCCAUUCAGCUUCCAGCUGCCCGAGGAGACGCUGGUCACCUCCUUCGAGGGAAAACAUGGCAGCAUCCGUUACUGGGUCAAAGUGAAGCUACACAGGCCGUGGGCUACUGUCAGGAAGAUCAAGAAGGAGUUUACUGUCAUCGAGCCCAUCGACAUCAACACGCCGGCCUUACUGGCGCCACAAGCUGGAACGAAGGAUAAGAUGGCCCGGGCGUGGUACCGCAACUUUGGACAGGUGUCUGUGACCGCAAAGAUCGACCGCAAGGGCUACACACCAGGUGAGGUGAUACCUGUCUUUGCAGAGUUUGACAACUCUACCUCCAGAUCAGUUGUGCCAAAAGCCUACAUCACUCAGACACAGACGUUCAUCGCCCGCGGCACCAUGAAGCAGAAGCGCUCGGUGGUGGGAACACUGUGUGGUGAUAUUGUGGGGGCCAGAAGCAGGGAGACAUGGCACGGGCGUGCCAUCAAGAUCCCACCUGUGGGUCCUUCCAUCGCGCAGUGCCGCAUCAUCAAAGUGGAGUACAUGCUCAAGGUUUGUGUCGAUGUUCCUGGAACAUCUAAGCUGUGUUUGGAGCUGCCGCUGGUCAUCGGCACCAUCCCCCUCCAUCCCUUCGGCAGCAGGACCUCCAGCGUCAGCAGCCAGUACAGCGUCAACCUGGAGUGGCUGCGUAUGGCCAUCCCCGAGCAGCCUGAGCCUCCUCCAGAUUACAGCUCCGUGGUGACACAGGAGGAGGCCGAGCAGCGCAACAAUGCGGUGGUCCCGCAACCUGCCGAAGACCUGAGUGGGAUCCUGGAGCGCCCCCUCAUGGCUUUUGUCCAAGAGUUUCGCUUCCGACCUCCGCCGGUUUACAGCGAGGUCGACCCAAACCCUCAGCCCUUAAACAUGAGACCUCGCUGCAUGACGUGUUGAACCAUGAGCCCUGCCUGAGCGUCAAGCGACUUAACCUAAAAAAACGAAUCAAGAGAUUUGUCCUCUCCUGGAUUACUUCUCUCCAAUAAAUGGCACCUGGUCCCACCAUGUGUUGUGGAGAGGGACUGGAGCGCCGCGGAGAGUUCAGGAGACGGAGCUCACAGGAACUGGAUGCCAGUUGGAGGAGCCGUCUCUUUGUUUCCAGCCCGCAAAGAAAAGUGGACCCUUUCCUGUUCUGUAACGAAGGAUGAAACUUCUCCACAUCAAUUCCUGUCCUCCCAAAGUGAUUUUUGGCUCCUUUUUUUACAAAGCGAAGCUACAAAUACCUCCCAAUCAACAGUUCCCUCAUGUGAAGUGAAUUUUGAGAUUUAAGGAGUUUGGGACAUACUGAGAGGGAAAGAUCACUUGACAUUUGUCAGGUGGAGAGUUGGAGUUACACCAAGUGUUCAGAAAAAAAAAGCGCUCUUGAUAAGUUGACAAGUGCAGAAGCACAUUGUCAUCUUUGAGUGGCGUAAAGAGAAAAGUGCAAUUAUCGUCUUAACUCUCCAACUCUCCUCAUCCUGGCGACACAGUAGAUUUUAACAACCUACAUUACUAUGUAUUGUGUGACUCAGCAGCAGCAGCGUGCCUGUGAUGAUUUCUACUGUUACUUCAGCACAUACUGUAUCUGAAGGUGCGAUGGUGGAGCAAGUCGAGUAAGCAGAUGUAGAUGUAUUUUAAUGCAUGCAGGUUACAAUAUGUAAAAGGGAAAAAAUGCCUUAAUUAUCUGCAGUUAAAGAUUGCGUGAGAGUUUCAGGGAGUCGUUAUCUCACAGCGAUCAAUAGAGCUGAAUGUAUUCUGCAAGAACUUCGAACAAAAACGGUCUGAUUGUGUGCGGAUGAAUUCCAAGAGAGGUGUUGUGUUAAUGCAAAGCUUAAGGCACUCAAGUGUCAGAUAGCUGUGGUUGUUGAUUUUAGCACAAAAUAGGACAAGCAGUCUAUGUAAAAAGCUGCACAAGGCUCAUAGAUUAGCUCUCCCAGCUGCUAAACAAAAGGAGGAGGAGGAGAACUCUUAGCCACGUGGUCUGAAGCUUUUGAUGGGAGCCAGAUGCCUCUGUGCUGUGAGGCGUUUUGUGACGUUAAACCCGAACACAGUGCUCAGCGUUCAAGUCGAGCCUCAAGAGAUGCCACUGAAAUGUAUGGACAAAGAACAUUCCAAAAACUGACUCGAGGAUUUUCUCCUCAACUUCCAAAAAAAAAAAAAAAAACUGUAUGAGAGUAUGAAAGAAGUCUUCAGGGUCAGCUGUGUGACUUCGGUGGCACGCACUGAGAAAAUAUAUUUUUAUACAAAUUGUUGAUUCACAAUCUUGCCAAAGUUUUGUAAUUGUUUUUUUUCUAAUAAAAAAAGAUUAAAAUGA